AUGUCUCAGUUCUCUUUCUCAGCAAGCACCUUCAAGAAAAGAGAAUUCUCUAGUCUUCUCCUCUCUCACUUCUUCCAUAUUUGUUUCUUCAUCCUCUCUCACCCUCUUUACUUUUCUUACUUCAUUUUCUUCUCCCCAUAUCUUCUCAAGCUUCUCUCUUUCCUGUCUCCUCUCUUCAUCACCACCUUUCUUCUACUCCUUGUUCUUCUCACUUUUUCUCCCAACCUUGUCCAAGAACACUCUUACUCCGAAUUGUCAGAAUCCGGGGUGGGUUUUCUUGUUGGUACAUGUCAGUCUGUUUUCGAAAGAUUACAGUCUAAAGGGCACGAUGAAGACGAAAAUUCUCAACAAUUUGAGGAUCUUGAAGUGUAUAAGAUUGUGUUUGACACAUCGACGUUUGAAAUUAGAGAGGACCCUGCGGAAGUUUUGGAGUUGGAAGUUAAAGAAGUUUGCUCAGAAGCAUAUGAUUCACCGGUUGACAAGAGUUUGGAUUGUGGGGACAAUUUUAUCGGUGGAUUGGAAUCUCUAACAGGCAAUUCAGAUACAUAUCCGGCUGAGACAAUAAAGCCGGGAAUCACUCAGCAGAUUGUCGAUGUGAAGAGAUUAGAAUGCUUUUUGCAAGAAAAGAAUGAGUUAGAAACCAUGUGGGGUAUGGAGGAAGACAAAGAAGUCAACCAACCAGGCGUAGAGUCCUAUAAAGUGGAAGAAAGAACGGAAAAACUGUCCACGAGAAGCGGAUCCGAGGCAGUGUGUAAUAAAACAAAUGAUACUACUCAUGUGAACACUGACUAUGGUGAAAAGCUGGAUUCCAAGAUGAGGGUGAAUUCCAGGAGACUGGGUGCAAGUAUGGAGAGUCCUAGUAGUGAUGGAGAGUAUUAUUCCCCAGUUAUGGAGAAUUAUCAAACAUUUGACUCAAAUCUAGGAAGUUUUGGCUCCAUGAGGAAAGAGAAGGAGUGGAGAAGGACAUUGGCAUGCAAGCUUUUCGAGGAACGACACAAUGUGGAUGGAAGUGAAGGGAUGGACUUACUUUGGGAGACAUAUGAGACAGAAUCGAGUAAGGUGCAGGCAAAAAGCAACAAGAAGGGGAAGAACAGCGGGGUUGACUACGAGGACGAGGAUGAAGAAGAGGAAGACAUGGAUGCACAGCUGUGCUGCUUACAGGCUUUGAAGUUCUCAGCAGGGAAGAUGAACUUAGGAAUGGGAAGGCCUAAUCUUGUCAAGAUCUCCAAGGCCCUGAAAGGUAUAGGAUGGUUGCACAAUCUCGGCAGGAAUGGCAAGAAAGUGUACCAUUGA